AUGUUAGUCGACAUGUUUCACAAAACAUGUGUGAUUGUCGUUUGUGUCAUGUUUGGGGUGGUCGUUUGUGCGCCAGCGGCUACAAAAUUCAAAAUUCCUUCUCAUGAAGCGCUCGACUUCAUGAAAAGGUAUGGGUAUGUCCAGGAUGAUGACGGAGAAUCAGAAGCUCUUUAUUCCGAAUCUGGAAUAUCAAAUAUCAUCAAGAACAUUCAAAAGUUUGGAGCCAUUGAACAAACUGGAGUAAUUGAUAAUGCAACACUGAAGUUGAUGUCUUCCAGACGAUGUGGUGUCAAAGACAUUAUGAAUACUGUUACUCGACAUAAAAGAUUCACUUUAGGUUCGGAAGGAUGGAAUAAAAGAGACAUAAGUUAUUUUAUAUCGAACUGGUCACCUAAAUUGGGUGAAGAAACUGUAGCGAGGAAUAUCCAGAGGGCACUCGAUACUUGGGGAGGCUAUGGUAGGCUCAACUUCCGCAGAUCAUUGACUCCAGAUGCAGAUAUCAUAGUGGCGUUUGGUAGAGGAUACCAUGGUGAUGUUUAUCCGUUCGACGGUCCUGGAUUCAUCCUAGCUCACGCUUUCUUCCCCUACGAGCAAGACGGCUUAGGAGGAGACAUCCACUUCGACGAGGACGAAAAGUGGAUCGACAAGGAGGCGAUGUCCUCCGAUCAGGGAACGGACUUUUACACGGUGGCCUUGCACGAACUCGGCCAUUCCUUGGGGCUAGCCCAUUCCACGGAACAGGCAUCCAUCAUGUUCCCUUAUUACCAGGGUUCCGAGGGCGGAGGUAGGCCCCAAUUGGGGUAUGACGACAUAUUGGGAAUGUAUCAACUGUACAUUACUAGAGUAUUGAAAGAUGAUAACGUCAACAACGGACAAUAUCCUGACCACUCAACCAGAAGACCCAUUCAUUCGACCUCAACUGAAUAUGUGACCAGUAGGCGAACAACUAGGACAACUCCAUGGUAUUCCCCGCAUUGGACAAGACCUACAACUCGACCUACUACUACUACUACUACUACUACUACUACUACCAGAACAACUCCUACCACUACAACCACCAGGUAUACAACUUCCGGUACCAACACAACCAUCCAAUACCAGGGCGACUCAGAAUCUGUGGACGAACACAAAAAGCAUGACGAUAAGCAUCACAUACCGAAAAGUAACGCUCCAAGCAUACCUGAUAUCUGUGAUGGCCACGUGGAUGCUAUUGCAACAUUGAGGAAUGAGCUCUUCGUAUUCAGAGAUGAGUUUAUAUGGAGAUUCAAAGAGAAGGGUGUUUUGGACCUUGGUUACCCAAUCAGAUUAAUGCAUAUGUUUCCAAUGCUUCCUUCGUCCAUAAAGAAGGUUGACGCUGCAUAUCAGAGGGCCGAUGGAAAAAUAGUAAUAUUCACAGGAACUGUUUUUUGGGUGUACGAUGGAGAAAAUUUCAUUGAAGGUAGUCCGAAACCCUUGAUGCACUAUGGACUCCCUAACUAUUUAAAUGGUAUAGAUGCUGUGCACACCUGGAGAAGAAAUGGAAAAACAUAUUUUUUCAAGAAUGAAAGGUUUUGGAGGUAUAAUGAGGAUACGAAAACUAUGGAUUCAGGAUAUCCAAUGCAUAUGUCAAGAUGGAGAGGUGUACCUGAAUAUUUAGAUGCUGCCACUACCUGGAAGGAUGGAGCCACUUAUUUCUUCAAAGGAGGCCUCUUCUGGAAAAUAGACAAUAACUGGGUCAAAACGACAGAUGAAUCACCAUUACCCUCACCGCAAGUUUGGUUUGGAUGCGCUGAAGACUCAAAUAAUUUAUUGCAAUGGUUUUCUAGGUCCAGAGAAUCAUAA